AUGACUUCAAAGGCGUAUUUAAAAGCUUGGGCUUCAGUUACAGUCGCGGCGGCUUGCCUGUUCGACGAGCGCGGCCCCAGCCUCCCCUGCUUCCAGUCUGAGCAGCUCAGCGGACGAUAACACCGAACCGGCCGGCAAGGUACAGCACCACAGACUGCACCAAGCGACAUUAAUGAAGCUUUCCAAGCCUUUUUGAUUCAUCAGCCGUUCGAUGGGGAUUUCACGAGGAGCUCUGCCCACCGCCUCCACCGCCGCCUGCCUCCCUCUCUCCCUUUCCCCCUCCCCCUCCACCUGCGGCCUUGACCCUGCCCCCUCCAUACGAAAAAUGACUCUGGAAUUCACCGAAUGGUCUUCUAUAUGGAUUUUCACCCCUUGUAAUAGACAAAAACAAAAGUAAAGGCGCAAGAGGGGCAUACCUCGAUGACCGAAAAGCCAUAAACGCACACCUCACACACACACACACACGCACAUUACACAAAAUUGUACACAUUUUUGAAUGUCUCUCUUCCUGUGAAAAUUCACUGCUUCCUUUUUAUUAGUGGGAGAUUUUCAGCAAAUUUUGGAACAGCUGAUUUUGUUGUUUUUCGUCCUUUGGGAGAAAAACAUCAAGACGUGAUAAAGAUUUAAAAUUGAAUGCUGCAUUGCUGUGGAGUUUGAUUAGGGUUUAUUUUGGAGUGGGGGUGACUUUUACCAGAUCAAUACUUGAUCAUUUCAAACAGUCUUUUUAUUCAUUUAAGAAUUUUUAGAUCGCAAACCAAAUCAACUAUAAUUUAAAUAUUUUGGAGGGAGCCCACUCGAACAGUCGAAAGGGGCGCUUGUCUGUAUGCCCCCCCCCGCCAUGCCACCCCAGAACACGAGCGCAGACGCCAUGCAAGUGGGAUCUCUAUUGGGCGGCACCGCAGAGGCUAACAACUCCACAAUGUCGGAAGAGGACAAGGGAGGAGGAGGCGGUGAGACAGAUGGACUGGGACAAGGGAGCGGUGGCGGGGAAGAGGCUGCUAGCGAGGGAUCUAUUGCGGGCAUCCCGCUGAAGAAAUGGUUGAUGCACGGCGCCGUCAUGUUCGGUAGGGAGUUCUGCUACGCAAUGGAGACGGCGCUGGUGACCCCCGUGCUGCUGCAGAUCGGUCUUCCAGAACAGUACAACAGCCUGACCUGGUUCCUCAGUCCUGUUCUAGGCCUCAUGUUCACGCCGCUGAUCGGCUCAGCCAGCGACCGCUGCUCGCUGCGCUGGGGCCGGCGGAGACCCUUCAUCUUGGCACUGUGUAUUGGAACGCUGAUCGGAGUGGCGCUCUUCCUGAACGGAUCUCUGAUAGGACUGUCUUUGGGGGAUGUGCCGGGGAAACAACCAAUAGGAAUAGUCCUCACCGUGCUGGGAGUGGUGGUGUUGGACUUCAGUGCCGAUGCGACGGAGGGACCAAUCAGAGCGUACCUUUUGGACGUGGCCGACACAGAGGACCAGGACAUGGCACUUAACAUCCAUGCAGCCUCAGCAGGUCUCGGUGGGGCGGUGGGCUACGCUCUGGGCGGUCUCAACUGGACUAACACCUUCCUGGGAGACAUCUUCAAGUCUCAGGAGCAGAUUCUGUUUGUCUUUGCCGCCAUUCUCUUCUCUGUGUCUGUGGUGUUACAUCUGCUCAGCAUUGACGAGCAGCAGUACAUACCUUUACAUGACAGGCUGGACCAGGAGAGUCCAAGCCAGCCUCAACCUUUAGGUGAUGGCAGGACGGGACUUCUGGCUCCUAAACUGGAAAAGAUCGGGGAGGAUGACACAAUGGACAGCUUUGACCUUUAUGACGCCUACAGAGACGAUCUGUCCGAGCGCGGGGAUUUGGACAUGGACUUUCUGGAGGUGGAGCUCGUUAGAAGUAAAAGUGACAGUGUUCUGGCCAUGACGGACGCCACUUUGGAACACCUGGACCACGAGGCUUUAUUCCUGUGCCACAUCGAGCCGUCCAUCUUUGCCGACCGCCUCUCGCCCUAUCACAGCUCUCCCCCGGCACCCGCCCACCUCCUGCGCCCCAACUGCAUCACCCCGCCACUUCCUCCCAGUCUGGCUGGCGUGCGACGCAGUAGCAGUGCAGGAAGCCAAGACCUACUCCGCCCCCAAACCAGCAACCACCAAAAACACCCCUCGGGCGGCAGUGUUAAGAUCUGCCGCCUAUCGGCGUUCUUACAGGAAAUGGAGAACGACGAGGGGCAGGAGGCGUUGCUCAACAACCAACUCAAUGAGCAGCGCACCUUGAAUGGUCGCUUGCUGGCAGGCGUCGACAUGACAAGUACAGGUGCCGCUAACGGGCUGAGCGCUAAAGGACAAGCUCAUCGUGCCGGAAUGGUCAAAGCUGCCAGCACGGGAGCCCCCAUGCGGCUGUCCCACCACCACCACACCUUCUACCGCCAGCCGUCUUGCACCUUCUCCUACUACGGCCGAGUGGGCCGUCACCGCCGCUACCAGCGGGCCAACGCUGCCUUCCUCAUCAAGCCUUCGCGCAGCAUGAACGACCUGUACGAGGUGGUGGCGCGGCACAGGCACAGUAACCGGCAGCGCAACCGGCACCGCAGCGGCAACACCAACUCCUCCAGCGGAGACGCGGAGAGCGAGGAAUGCGAGGUGGAGACAACCGUGCGUCUGCUGUGGCUCUCCAUGCUGAAGAUGCCCCCGGAACUCCUGCGUCUGUGCGCCUGUCACCUGCUCACAUGGUUCUCCAUCAUAGCAGAGGCCGUUUUCUUCACAGACUUCAUGGGACAAGUCAUCUACCACGGAGAUCCCACUGCUCCAGUUAACUCCACUGCUUUGGAUAAUUAUCACCAAGGCGUUCAGAUGGGAUGUUGGGGUCUGGUUAUAUACGCCAUGACUGCUGCUACUUGUUCAGCUCUCCUUCAAAAGUACCUUGAUAACUUUGACCUGAGCAUCAAGGUCAUUUACAUCCUGGGCACGCUGGGGUUCUCCAUAGGAACUGCUGUCAUGGCUUUAUUCCCCAAUGUUUAUGUUGCCAUGGUGAUGAUCAGCAGCAUGGGCAUCAUGUCCAUGAGCAUCUCCUACUGUCCCUACGCCCUGUUGGGACAAUACCAUGAAAUGAAAGAGUACAUCCAUCACAGUCCCGGCAACUCCCGAAGAGGAUUUGGCAUUGACUGCGCCAUCUUGUCCUGCCAAGUGUACAUCAGUCAAAUCCUGGUGGCUUCAGCUUUAGGUUCCGUCAUGGAAGCCGUUGGCAGCGUGCGUGUUAUUCCCCUCAUGGCGUCCGGGGGCUCACUCCUUGGAUUUCUCACCGCCUGCUUCCUGGUCAUUUAUCCCUCACCACAUAACGGGGAGGCGGGAUCGACCAAAGCAUCAGAGAAACAGGCUUUAACGACUCCCGGCGGCAACAAAACGCCGCAGGAGAAACCGAGCUUCUUGAAGCUCAAUAAGUCGGGAAAGGCCACCACGACCACCACUUCCUGUCACAUGGAGAAUGAAUCAGCUCUGUGAUAGGCCAACCAUCAUCAUCAUCCUCUUGCUGCAAUGGCCUCUACCUGAAUAGAAUCCUUCCAUUUCUCUCCGUCUUGGUCCAGACGUGAGUACUCGGCACGUCAAGAAAAAUGGGAUGGUCUCCAUCAUUCAGGAAACCUCAAGGGACUCGUCUCUCUCUCAAACACACACACACACACACACACACACACACACACACACACACACACACGCACACACACACACACACACACACACGCACACACGAACGUUACUGACAAACUUUGACUCCUCAAAGCUCUUUAAAAACGUUGUUCUUCCUCCAGUUGGACGCGUGCUGAAUGCCACUUUGAAGCUUUAAGACUCUCCAGACUUUCACGCUUGAAAACAAAGAGCCCAAAGCCUGCUUGUGGGUGAUGCAAUUAUAAUGACAAUAUUAAUAAUAACACCGAUUGAGCCCCAAAAAGGACUGCAAAGGACAUCUUGUCAUUCCAGGACAACAGAAUGAAGCUGCCUGUAUACAAUGUGUUUUUUAAGUGAAAUUCCAGAAGACAUAUACACACACAUAUAUAUAAAUAACAUAUAGAGUAAACGGGGCAUUAUUAUUAUUAUCCCAAAUGAUUUAUUUGCAUGAUGUGAGAUUUUAUGACAAAUGCUGCACGUUCGCGAAGCAGAGAGGAGAAGGCGCUGUCGACUUCCUCUCUUUUCUGCCUCUCCUUGUUAGCUUUUACAAAAUGCUGAUCGCACAAUAGCUCAUACUGAAUGACUGCACAUUAACUAGGGGAAAAACAACUAUAAAGUUAUUCAUGAGUCUCUUAGGAGAUUAUUUGGAGGGCGUCUGUUGCUGGAACUCAACUGAAACAAAAAAAACAACAACAAUAUGCUUGCUGUAUAAAAUCAGAUCCAGUAGAUAUUUUCUAUUGGCAAAAGAUGCAAAUAAUGCAUUAAAAAUCCCUAAAAAUGCUGGUUUUUGAUACCCUACAUUGAACUCACAACAUCCUGUCUUGUCUCUACUUGGUAAAAAAUGUUAAGUGAAUUGACUUGAGACAACCCCCUCUGCUGGAGUCAUCGCCACAGUACUCUUUUUCUUCUCCUGCAGAUAACGCCAUCAAACCAUUUUUCUCCUGCAGAUAGAGCCAUCAAACUGUUUUUUUCCCCCCUGUAGAUUACGCCAUCAAACCAUUUUUUCCCCUCCUGCGGAUAGCGCCAUCAAAAUAUUUUUUUCUGACGCAGAUAGCGCCAUGAAACCAUUUUCCCCCUGCAGAUAGCGCCAUCAAACUACUUAUAGGUUACCAUAAGAAAAGAAAAAAAAAUCUUUACAAUUUAAGUCAUAGAACAGAACUCUGCGAAUAUGCGCUAGUGUAAAUGUUGAACCGCCAAUAGACAGACUCUACUGUUUGUAUCUCCAUUUCUUUUCAGUUUUAAUCAGGCAAAACUAAUUUUUUUUUUUUUUUUGCACGUCUCAUGCAAAAACUGGUACCAACAAAUUACAGUGUCUUUUUCUGCUUUUCUGAUAUUUUUUUGGUCAAAACCUGUCAAAAGUUUUUAGCAGGUUCUUACUCAAUACCAUUAUUACAAAAUGUUUCCAAACUUUGAAAUUUAAUAUUGUUUGAUUGGAAGAUACUUGUUUUUGUUUAGUUUGGAGAUACAUGAUUUUUCUGAUUGAUACAUGCUAUUGGGAAAAAAAAUCCAAAACUUCCAACGUUCCUGCUAAUAUUUUUGUCUUAUGUUUUUAUCGGGAAUAACACACACAAACAAAAACAAUUUGGAGAUACAGUACAUGUCGUUUUACACCUGACGUGGUUUCCGAUAUAUGAACAUAUUUUUAUAGGAAAACUAAAAAAAAUCGUAGUUUCUUCCUUAAUUAAAAACUUUCAUCAUCUGUUUGUAUUUUACAUAUUUUUAUCGGGAAGAAAACACUUAAACAAAAAAAUUGGAGAGACAUGCCUUUUCGAACCUGACGUAGUUUUCGAUAUGUGAUCGUGUUUUUAUCGGAAAACCAUAAAAAAAUGUGUACUUUCUCCCUUGAUCCAAUACUUUGAAAGUCUGAUUGUUUUAUUUUGUUUGUGUCAAGUAGAACACAUGCAAACAAAAACAAUUUGGAGAUACAUGUCGUUUUACACCUGACAUGGUUUCCAAUACUGAACAUGUUUUUAUCGAAAAACUAAAAAAAUAUUCUAGUCUACCUGAAUCAAAAACUUCCAGCGUCUGUUUAAUGUGUUUUACAUGUUUUUUUAUCAGGAAGAAGACACAUACACAAAAAAAAUUAAAAUACAUGCUUUGUCACACCUGACAGAGUUUUACAUAUAUAAACAUGUUUUUUUUAUCAGAAAACCUAACAAAUUGUAGUUUCUCCCUCAAUCAAAAACUUCCAACGUCUGGUUAAUGCUGUAUUUUAAAUGUUUUUUAUCAGGAAGAACACACACAAACAAACAAAAAAUUGGCGAUGCAGGCCUUUCACACCAGACGUGGUUUUCGAUAUGUGAUCGUGUUUUUAUCGGAAAACCAAAAACAUUUUGUUUUAAUGGUUGAUUUGGUUGAUGUUUUAUUUUCCAUUUUUUUUAAUAGGAAAAAUCACACAGACAAAAAGUAUUUGGGUAUACAUGUCUUUGUAUGAACUUUGUACUAAUUAUACUGUUAAAUGUAAAUGCAGGAAUGCUUUUGGGAACGACGCUUAUUGUUUUAAGUUUUUAAAAAAAACUGUAACUUGGCAGAUUUAUUCUUGGUUCUGCUGAAGUUGAAGUGGGCCAAAUGUCGUCAUCAAGAGAUAAAUUGUUGUUUGAAUCAGAAGCCCUUGUGCUUGUUAGCAUGUUAGCCUAGCAUGUCGUGUCUUAAGGGAAAAGAGAGGUGUAGUUAAAGCAAAUUAAAUACUUUUUUUUUUGGACUUACAGACUCAAAUUGGAGAAGUCCGACAACCAGUGAACGCAGCACGCACUCAGGAAAGUUGCGUGCUAAGUGGGGGUUUUUUUGUGCUGCGUUUUGCAACUUUUCUCCCGCUCUGAGGAAAGCAGAAGGGAGAUAACAGAUGACUCGGUUAAGUCUGAGUUUUUUUUUGUUUUUUAAACGAAUGUCACAACAGCUGACGAUGCUGGACGAACCAACUUAAACUUAGUAAAAGUUUGAUGACGUCUUUUCUUAAGAGUGCAUUAAGAAAUGUUUGCUGGCUUGCUCUCUGUGAAUGUUUCCACAUUUAUUUUUGAAAAAGGUUUAUGUCUCCCUAAAUGUAAUUCUGUGACUGCAGGUUGUUUCAGCAGAGCAGCAAAAUGUGCUCCUGCUGUGAAACUGAAGUGACAAAAGUUGGCAAAAAGAACCAAAUAGUUGAAGUGUGAUUGACACUUUCGUAACCACGAGGCUGAUAAAAAAUCCCUUCUUUGGUGGAGGUAAUAGAAUUUAAAUGUAGUUAUGUGUGCAUGUAACAUUUAUGACAUUUACUGUAUAUACACAACACCAAAAUCUUGUAGUUCUUACCUUCUCUCUUGUACACGUGAGUAUUUGGGCCGCUCUGAAAAGAACAAUGUCAAAUUAAUUCGAAUUACUCCUCAUCUUUUUUUUAUCUUGUAAUAUUUAAACUUUAUUCUCCUGAAAAUUACCACAUUUUUGUUUAACUAUAACAGCUUUAUUCCUCUAAACUAAAACAACUUUUUUAUCGUGAUAGUUGACUAUAAUUUCCUGAAAAUUACCACGUUUUUGUUUGAAUAUUAUAACUGUAAUCCGCUAGAAUGAAACCACUUUUAUGUCAUAAUAUCUUAUAUUGUGACAAAAAUCUCGCAUGAUAACUACUUUAUUCUGGUAAAAUGACAACUUUUUUUCCUUGUAAUUUUACAUCCAUCCAUCUAUUUUCUACCGCUUGUCCCUCUCGGGGUCGCGGGGCUGCUGGAGCCUAUCCCAGCUGCACUCGGGCGGAAGGUAGGGUACACCCUGGACAAGUCGCCACCUGAUCGCAGGACAGAUAGACAUUGUACUUGUAAUAUUUCGACUUUAUUAUUUUUAAAAAUCAGUAACAUUUUACUUAGUUUUAACUUAUGACAUGAUUCUCAUAUUACAACUAUAUUCUUGUGAUACCGGAUUAUGACUAAUAUCGUGACUAAAUUCUCAUGACGUCAUAAUAAGGUUUUUUUCUCAUAAUAUCACAACUUUAUUAUUGAAAUAUUAUUAUAUAUUAUAUUAUACUAUAUUAUAUUAACAUAUUUUUUUAUUAUCAUAUUCUGACUUUAUUCUUCUUAUUCUAAAUGUUAUAACUUUAUUUCCGUGACAUUUUGACUAUAUUAUCUUAAAAUUACAAAACAAAUGUACUCUAUUCGUUGAAAUUUUACUUUAUUCUGUUAAUUUUUUUUUUCUCAUUAUAUUACAACUUAAUUCUUGUGUAAUAAAAAAUAUUACAACUUUUUUUUAAAUAACAUUACGACUUCCUUUCUAAAAUUCUGAGGGUUUUUUUCUUGUAGUACUGUGACUUUAUUGUCAUAUUACAACUUUAUUCUUGUAAUCUUACGACUUUGUUCUCUUGAAAAACAAUUUUGUAAAAUUAUGACUUGUUUUAUAAUAUUAAGAUAUUUUUUCCUCAUGACAUUAUGACUUUAUUCUUGGAAACAAAAACAAUCAGAAUAAGCUGACUUUAUUUCCUAUAACAUUAAUUUCUAUGUAAAAAUUAGAAAGAAAAAGGACUAAGUUUAACUGAAUUUUUGCAUUUCUAUUAUUAUUUUUCUGUUAUUUCUCUUAUUUCUUUUUAGUGUGGCCCUAAUACUUCUUGAUGUUUGUGUCAACAUAUUUUUUGUUUUUUAAAGACGUGCUCAGUUUGAGUAAGUACCCUUUUUCUUUUUUAAAGUAGAAAGGACUAAAGCACUUUAAAGAGUAAGGCGCUGGUUUUUUGUGUUGCAAAUGUGCAGGAGGUGGAGGAGGAUGAUGACACUCCUUGUUUACCAACUUGAGGGCCUUCUGUGUCAUUUUAUAUGUUUUCCAAAUGUAUUUACCCUCAAAAGUUCCACACCUUUUGUCGGAAUGUUCCGCCAUGCUCGCAUGGCAUGCUUUUUUUUUAAACUUUGGUUUCCAUCUUUAAGACAAAAACGUAAUGAAUGUUUGGUUGGGUGGCUGACAUUGCACAAAUCUUGCACAUGAAAAUGUAACAGAAAAAAUAGCUAUAGAUAUUUAUUGUAAAUUCUAUGUAGCCUGCAAGAGAAAUUAUGUUACGAGGAUGUUACAAGGAUGUUACUCUGUGUGUGUGUGUGUGGGUGUGUGUGUGGGUGUGUGUGUGUGUGUGUGUGUGUGAAAGGUUUUUUUUGAAAAAAUGUAAACCUGGUUUACACCUUGCGAUGGAGUACUUAAAAGUUGUCAUUCUUUUUGUGGGGAUGUUAUUACUUUUGAUUAAAUUUUUUGAUGUUGGGCAGAGGCACCCAUGUAUGAGUGGCCAUCGGUUGCCUAGGCAACACUGCCUGUGUGCCUCAGGUCAAGUGUGCAAUGAUGAUGAUCAAUUAAGUAUAUAUAUACACACACACACACACACACACAUAUGAACUACCUAAAGAAUGGGAUGUUCUCUUUACGUCCUUAUUAUGCCUUCUGUCAUUUAAAAAUUGUUGUAAGUAAACUUUUAAUUUCCUCUCUUCUUUUUGCUGCUAUGGGAAAAAAUGAUUCUUUUUGUCAGUGGCUUUGUUUUCUAUAUAAAACCUGUGUAUAUAAAUAUAUACACAAAUAUAUAUAAAUAUAAAUAUAGAACUUAAUGUUGUGUAAAUAUGCUUGAGCCUUCAUCGCAUACAAUAGAUUGACUCUGGAUGAUGAAACACUGUAUGAAAUGCACCUUUUAAAAAUGAUUUAG